AUGAAACAGAUCAUAUUCGUCAUUACUUUGCUUUGCGGCCGAAUAUGGGCCAACAAGCGGUUGCCCGACUUUAGGGCGCAAAGGUAGGGCGGAGGGGAGGGGUGUGUUUGUGGUUAUGGGGGGGGAGGUUACGGUGAAUUUUUAAAAAUUAUUUUUUUUUUUGAAAAUAUAUUUUGUAAAAUGUUUUUUGAUAAAGAAAUUUUUAGAUUUGAACUUUUAAUUUUGUAGAAUUUAAUUAAUUUUGUCAUUUCUUUCAGUUUUCGACCUCCAAAGAUAUUGCACGAUGAUGUAAGUUAAUCACAAGUUACUGGAAUUGCUUAUAAAAGGCUGUAAAUUGACAUUUUAAACCUUGUUUUACAUUUUCUAAACAAUUAAAAAUUUUUUUUCACUUUUUUUAACUUUAGGUAGCUUUCGACGAGGAACUAAGCUCUUCAUCGUACGGUUUACCACCGCCAUCGACCGGUAAAGGCUUGGAACGUCUGCCUAAUACUGUGGUAAGCAAAAAACUACCUUAUCAAAUCCUAUUUUAAACUUGGCGUAUCAAAACUUGCAGAUUCCCUUGUGUUUUUCUAAAGAAUUUUCAAUUUUUUAAAUUUAAAAUAUUGUGAUUUUUGUCUGUCUGCCACCUUCACUUUAAUAGCUGUCUAAUCCCUCACGCAGUAAUCCAUGCCGUAUUUUAGAGCAGAGACAAACAAUUUUUUGCGUAUGGAGCCAGUAACAUUGACGCGGCUUCAUCGUCGCGCGGUUCAAGCUCAUUCCGAGAUCCGGCUGGCGGAGUUCGAGAACCGAGUCUGCAGAACGAGAAACAGGUCGUUACCGGCAUCCCGGACCUCAGUAAGUCAAUAACAAAUAACUUGUUUAAUUUUUUAUAGUAAUUUGGAUAUUAUUAAUCUUGUUAUUGUUGCGGAAUAUCAAAAAAAGCUGUGUCGAAGUGUCAAAAAGAAAAAUUUCUUGAUUUUCCGUUUUUUCGAUAUUGUUUUAGGUUUUUUCAAGUGUUUUAAUCGUUAAUAAAUCUAAAAUUCAUUGAAUUUUAUAACUUUAAAGUGUAUUUUAAUAUUUAAAAGCAAUAUGAAAGUUAUCUAAAUGUUCUAACCUUUGUUAACCUCAUCUUGUUCUAGGUGACCCUUGUUUUCGUCGCUACGCCAAUAGUAUUAUUGUGAAUGCUCAACCAUAUGAACGAAGAUCAAGUAUAUCAUUAGUGCAAUGCAAAACACAAUGUUUGUUGAGUCAAAUUGGUGUCUACAGUUGUCGAUCUUUUGUCUAUGAUAACGUCAACCAGGUAAAACUUGUUUUAUUCGUUUUUAAUUGUUGUCAGGGCUUAUGAAGGCUUUACCUGGAUUUCUAAAGGACAUAUCAGGGUUUCUGAAGGGAUACCCAGCUUUAGCUUUACUUGGGAAUUGAAUUUUAAUUUUUUUUAUUUUAGGUUUGCGAUUUAUUUGCUCACGUUGGUGAUCAAAGUCCAGCUAGGUAUGUUUUUUAUUUAAAGUGUCAUAGCUUUUUAGACUAUCCUCGGUAAUAUCUUUUGUUUUUAGGCUACUCCGCUUCCAAACCCGUGAUUACUUUGAACCAACCGCUGCAGUAAAUUGUAAGCCUCCAGAACAACAUGAAGACGCUGUUCAUCACAUUCGACCAACGAAUCGACCGCUAGAAAUCUUUGAAACAGAAGAAAGAACAACAACUUCCAUUAUCAACCCAACAACUCGAGCUCCUUUCAUCUUUGACACGACUACAGAGCCUCAGGCAAUCGCUGCCAUUUCUGAGCUGACUCCAACAGAAGCGCCAGAUCUCUUUGUGACUGCAAAGCCAUUGGAAUCGCCAACUAAUACGAUGGUCAAUAACUUGUUACCUACUGAGCUGGGGAAGAACAAGGCUUGCGAAAGUGGACAGUUGGCAAGGUUUUUAAAGACUUCAGACUUUGAGCUACAUCAGCAUGACGAUAUGAGGCUAGAAAGUGUGACAUUGGAUGAGUGCAUCGAGUUUUGUUCAAGCAAUUCAGCGUUAAAGGUAUGACGAAAAUGAAAUUUAGGUUUUUAAUUUUGGAGAUGUUGCUUCUAUAUAUAAAAAUGUAUUUCAUUGAUAUAUUUUCAUACAGAAGCUUUAAUACACUUUUAUAAAAUUUUUUUUUGUAUUAGAAAUAUGUUUGCAGUUACUUUUAAAGUGUUUAAUUACAGGAUGUCAACCCAGACGCUCCACAAUGUAACUCAUUUGAGUAUGACAAUGAAGGAGUAUGCGUACUAUCAAGAGAAACCGCAGUACCAUUGGGUAAUGGGCAGCUGAAGCAAAAAGCUGGUACUGAUUACUACGAACGAAUAUGUAUUGAGGAGAAACUGGCACAGUAAGUUUUUCAGGUUUUUGAAACUAAUAAUUGCUCUUAAUUUUUUUACAUUUUUUUAGAAAGUAUUGCACAAUAUACCGUAUUUUACAGAGAAUGUCCAUUGUCAGUGUACAACCGGUUUCCUCAAAAGAUUCUGGUUGGGUUUGCAGAAACAGUCGUAGAUGCUCCUUCAUUGCAACAUUGUUUCGAUAACUGUUUGAACAGCCGACAGUUGUACGGUUUUAAGUGUGCUAGCGGCAUGUUUUACUUCGAGGUAUGUUUUCUGAGUUUAUAUCUAAACUUGUCUAAUUAUUUUGUUACACAAAACGUAAGAGUCGACUAUUUAGAAUAGUGAUAAAAUUAGGUAAAAUACGGUAUUUUGUUGGAUAACUUUAAACUCCUUUCUUUGAAAGGUUCAUAAGCCUGAAUAACUUGCUUUAGGAACCCCAACUCAACUGCAUCCUAAACACGGAAGACCGUACCACUCAGCCAGAUCUCUUCACUUCUGAAAACUCUGAUCUGGUCGAUUAUUUUGAGACUGCAUGCAACACAACAUCAGCUGCGUCUCGACGCUUUGCACCACCAAGACGGCGGACGAAUAAUGGGAAGCGAAAAGAUUUCGUAGACAAAUCAGAUUCACAAAGACAACGACAAGAUCUGCGGACGGCUACAUGGACGGAAUGGAGUGAGUGUGGAGGAGAGGGAGGGAUUCAGACGAGAAAGAAGAUAUGCAAUGGGAAACGAGUUUGUGGUACUGAUAAGAGGAAGUGCGAAAGUAGUAGUCAGGAAAUGACUAUUGGUAAGGUUUUGGUGCUGAUUUGAUUUUAAUAUUUAUCUUAAACAAUACAGUAAUAUUUGUCAAUACCAUAAUAUUACCCAAUACAACAAUACUAACCUAUACAAACAACAAAAAGGGCCAAUAUUAUCUGAAUUGUGCCGUUUCUUUCACAUUUUUAUUUUCCGCUUAAUUGUUGACUGAAAUGACAGUUUAAACUUUAAGUUCAAGACCACCAUAGCUCAAGGAUUUGUUGACCGUAGUCAUUAAGGUACUGUAUUUCCUGUUAGUACCCCCAAGUUACAUGAACUUUAUAAAGUUCAAAAACAUAUAAAGAAAAUAUUUUUUGAACUUUUCGGUCCUUUUUUUUUGUUUAUCCACAAUUUAAAGUCAAAAUGGUACAAAAACAAUUUAAUAGUGCCAAGUAGUCGCUACAAUCACAGCCACAAUUUCUUUCCACACAAUCUUGUUGAUUCUCUGCCAAUCUUUUUGAUGACAUUCUUUUCGCCAUUCUUGUUGAUGGCAUUCCUCUUGCCAUUAUUUUCGACGACAUUGUUUUUGCAAUAAUUAAACGACUUCCUUAACGCCCUCCAAUUUCAGCCGAAAUGGUGGAGCAGAUUCGCCGCAACGGAUGCCCUCCGGAUGUUUGUUGUCCGAUUCUGGGAAAGUGCUUCGGAAUCAUUCAAAAGUCGGCGACCAAGCGGCUGGAAUGGUGCACGGUCGAAUGCUAA